UGUAGAGAUCUCCUGACAUGUUUGCGCAUGAUCAGUACAGUUUUCUCUCAUUGACAUAAAAGGAACGUUUGUCGUUUCCUUUAUUCAGUUCUACAAGGUAUUUCAGAGUGCUUUUAGAGGAAGAACUUCGUGAGACUUCUUAAAUUUUAUAGAAAUUUUUGCUGCAUCAUAAACUACUUCCAAGGAAGAUAAUCAUGCAGAUCUUUGUCAAAACAUUGACAGGUAAAACAAUAACUCUGGAGGUAGAGGCCUCAGAUACCAUUGAAAAUGUAAAAGCGAAAAUUCAAGACAAGGAAGGAAUUCCACCAGAUCAGCAAAGAUUGAUCUUUGCUGGUAAACAACUAGAAGAUGGACGUACAUUAUCUGAUUAUAAUAUUCAAAAAGAGUCAACACUACAUUUAGUAUUGCGUUUGAGAGGUGGAAUGCAAAUUUUUGUCAAAACACUUACUGGAAAAACUAUUACUUUAGAAGUUGAAGCUUCAGAUACCAUUGAAAAUGUUAAAGCUAAAAUUCAGGAUAAAGAAGGUAUUCCUCCCGAUCAACAGAGAUUGAUUUUUGCUGGAAAACAAUUGGAAGAUGGUCGUACACUUUCUGAUUAUAAUAUUCAAAAAGAAUCUACACUUCAUCUUGUUUUGCGACUUCGUGGUGGUAUGCAAAUUUUCGUCAAAACUCUUACGGGAAAGACUAUUACUCUUGAAGUUGAAGCUUCCGAUACCAUUGAAAAUGUAAAAGCCAAGAUUCAAGACAAAGAAGGUAUUCCUCCUGACCAACAGAGAUUGAUCUUUGCUGGAAAACAAUUGGAAGAUGGCCGUACUCUUUCCGAUUACAAUAUUCAAAAAGAAUCAACCCUCCAUCUCGUUCUACGACUUCGUGGUGGUAUGCAAAUUUUCGUUAAGACUCUUACAGGAAAAACUAUUACUUUAGAAGUUGAAGCAUCCGAUACUAUUGAAAAUGUUAAGACUAAAAUUCAGGAUAAAGAAGGUAUUCCUCCCGAUCAACAGAGAUUGAUUUUUGCUGGUAAACAGCUGGAAGAUGGUCGUACACUUUCGGAUUAUAAUAUUCAAAAAGAAUCAACACUACAUUUAGUAUUGCGUUUGAGAGGUGGAAUGCAAAUUUUUGUCAAAACNCUUACGGGAAAGACUAUUACUCUUGAAGUUGAAGCUUCUGAUACCAUUGAAAAUGUAAAAGCCAAGAUUCAAGACAAAGAAGGUAUUCCGCCUGACCAACAGAGACUGAUCUUUGCUGGUAAACAGUUGGAAGAUGGUCGUACUCUUUCCGAUUACAAUAUUCAAAAAGAAUCUACACUUCAUCUUGUUUUGCGACUUCGUGGUGGUAUGCAAAUUUUUGUCAAGACUCUCACGGGUAAAACUAUUACUCUUGAAGUUGAAGCUUAUGAUGCCAUUGAAAAUGUAAAAGCAAAAAUUCAAGACAAAGAAGGUAUUCCGCCUGACCAACAGAGACUGAUCUUUGCUGGUAAACAGUUGGAAGAUGGUCGUACUCUUUCCGAUUAUAAUAUCCAAAAAGAAUCUACACUUCAUCUUGUUUUGCGACUUCGUGGUGGUAUGCAAAUUUUUGUCAAGACUCUCACGGGUAAAACUAUUACUCUUGAAGUUGAAGCUUCCGACACAAUUGAAAAUGUAAAAGCAAAAAUUCAAGACAAAGAAGGUAUUCCUCCUGAUCAACAGAGAUUGAUCUUUGCUGGAAAACAAUUGGAAGAUGGACGUACACUUUCUGAUUAUAAUAUUCAAAAAGAAUCGACUCUUCACCUUGUACUUCGUCUCCGAGGUGGUCGAUGAUUUCAUACAUUGAAUUUCGUUUUAAUAUGGAUAAUAUAUAAAAUAAAAAAAUAGAAAUAAAUUUUUUUACUUUUAUUCAUAAUAGUUGCUUAUGUAAUAUAAUUCUGUGAAUGAUACAUCCUGAUAAAUAAAUGGUAUUAUUAAAAAUAUA